UUGUUCCUCCCCCCGGAUAACCGUGCUCAGGAUUCCAGGCAAGCCGUGCACCUGGAAUGACUUCAGGAAGCUCAGAUGCUAAGACACAGGAGCAUCAGGCCGGUGCUGCUGCUGCUGGCUCAGGUGCCCAAGCCUCCAGCCCUCCCUAGGAUCCCCAGAGGCAAGGCCUUCCAUGUGAGCUACCAACUCUCAUCCAGUCAGGGCCCUGCAGAGACAGGCAGGCAGGGCCAGCCCCGGGGCCCUGGGCUACGAACUAGGCUGUUAGUUACAGCCUUGUUUGGGGCUGGGCUGGGUGGUGCCUGGCUGGCCAUGAGGGCUGAGAAGGAGCAGCAGCGGCAGCAACGGCGGACAGAGGCCCUGCGCCAAGCCUCCGUGGGCCAGGGCGACUUUAGCCUGCUGGACCACCGGGGCCAGGCUCGCUGCAAAGCAGACUUCCGGGGCCAGUGGGUGCUGAUGUACUUUGGCUUCACUCACUGUCCUGACAUCUGCCCCGACGAGCUGGAAAAGCUGGUGCAGGUGGUGCGGCAGCUGGAGGCUGAGCCCAACCUGCCCCCAGUGCAGCCCAUUUUCAUCACUGUGGACCCUGAGCGGGACGAUGUUGCAGCCAUGGCCCGCUACGUGCAAGACUUCCACCCACGGCUGCUGGGCCUGACCGGCUCCACAGAGCAGGUUGCGCAGGUCAGCCGCAGCUACCGUGUGUACUACAGCGCCGGCCCCAAGGAUGAGGACCAGGAUUACAUCGUGGACCACUCUAUCGCCAUCUACCUGCUCAGCCCCGACGGCAUCUUCACAGACUAUUAUGGCCGGGCCAGGUCGGCCGAGCAGAUCACAGACAGUGUGCGGCGCCACAUGGCUGCCUUCCGCAGUGUCCUGCACUGAGCCAGGUCAUUAAAGGGUGUGGUGGA